AUGGAGCAGCAACUGGAGCGUGGCCGCGCAGCAGUCCGCAUCACGCGGGACAUCCUCCAGCAGCAACCUGACCUCAAGCAGGAACUCCGGCAGCUGCUGUGGCGGAUUGAUCAGGGCGAGGCAGUCCAGAUUGCUGGCAUCCCUGAUCCACAACUGCACCUGCAGCUCGAUGCCUUAUUUGUGAACAUCAAUCUGGCGAAGACCUCGAAGAUGGAUGAUGAAAUGGAGGAGGAAGAUGAUGAUCUCAUUGGGCCGGCCCCGCCAGAGCUGGUCACUGAACUGGAGAAUGCAGGCAGCGACGACAGGUCAAAGGAGGUCAUCCGAAUCCUCAGGGUGCUUGACGAUGCACAUGUCCAGGCAGAUGCCUAUGGCAUCAUGGGUGUGGAACAUGAUGCCAAGGCUGCUGCAGUCAAAAAACGCUACUGGAGGCUCAGUCUGCUCAUCCAUCCAGACAAAUGUGACCACCCCCGCGCCAAUGACGCCUUCGACGCCGUCAACAAGGCUGCAAAGGAUCUGCAGGACGCCGGGAAGCGGAGUGCGAUCGAUGCGGAUCGGGAGGAUGCGCGGUUGAGGCGGCUGGCGGAGGAGAUGGCGGCGCAGCAGGAGAGGGAACGCCAGUGGCGUGUGGCGCGCGGCACGGCCACCGCCGAGGAUCUACGCGGGCCCAUCCGCAGCGGCCCAGCCGAGCGCGACACCUGGAUGACUGAGCUGCCCGAGGCCCGCCGGCCGAAUGCGCAGCCCUCCCAGACGACGUUCUCCCAGCGGGGCAUCCAGGAGAGGGGAGACACUCAGGGUUGGACUGAGACGCCGCAACAGAAGCUGCUGCGGCUGUCUGCAGGCGAGGCAGCCAGCACGAAGGCCCUUGAGAGCGCGCCUGCUCCAUCUGUGGCAGAAGGGGUGGUGGACGCGUACAACCAAGCCCACAGGGCCAAGACUCUCGUGGAGCAGCACAAGGAUCGCCUCAAGGAAGAGAAGAGGAAAAAGAAGAAGCAGAAAUUAGAGGAGAAAAGCAAAGCGAAAGCAGAGCCCAGCGAGGACUGGGAUCCUAGCUCGCACCCAUGGCGGCCCUUUGACCGUGAGAAGGAUUUGAACAUGGGCCCAAAGAGUCUCAGCAAGGAGGAGAUGCUGAAGAAGGCAGGGACCCUGGACAGCCGGUUUGCCGGAACUCCAUCUGGCCAGCGGAGUUUUCUCUGA